AUGGUGGCGACAGCGAAGAAUGCUGACGAAGGGCGUGGCCAUCACUACAGGACGCUGGAGCUGUCCAUCAAGAAGUCUGGCGUGGCUUCAGUUGGCGCACUUCUGACUUCGCUCCUUGUCACGCCGUUAGAAGUGGCGAAAACUCGACUGCAAGCACAAGGUCCUGCAGCCACCGUGGUUACGGCCAACACGUCCACGGUCAAUUACUGCCACUGCACGCACUUCCAGUUUUCCAAUGGACUCAUGGACCACAUGAUCUGCAAGCAGAACAGUCAACUCUUUGUCGACGCCACCACCAAGCGGAUCCCUAUUGCCUGUCCCGUGCACACACCCACUCCCGUGCAACUUCGCGGGACGAUGCAUGCGCUGAGCCACAUCGUUCGGUCCGAAGGCAUCGGCGCUCUCUACGCUGGUCUGCCGCCUACGCUUCUAAUUGCCGUCCCUUCGACGGUGCUUUACUUCACGUCGUACGAUCUGUUGCUUGCCGCUGCCAAGCGAAAGUACCCCGACCACACCGACGCCGUGCCCUUUGUCUCCGGAAGCUUGGCCCGCUGCGUGGCAGCCACCGUCGUAUCACCCAUCGAACUCAUCCGCAUUCGCAUGCAAGCCGCGCCUAAUGCCGGCUCCUUCGCGGCCGUCAUCCAGCGCAGCAUCGCGGGCGGGUUCGUCGCGCUGUGGCGGGGGCUGGUGCCAACGCUGGCUCGCGAUGUGCCGUUUUCAGCCAUGUAUUGGGGUGUAUUUGAACUGCUUAAGAAGCGCUUGGCAGCGUUGCCAGCCCUGCAAGCCACCGACAAUCCAGCGCAAACUCAGCUAGGGAUUGCGUUUGUGGCCGGAGCCACGUCCGGGUCACUUGCAAGUGUGGCCACCCAACCCUUUGACGUAAUCAAGACAAAGCAGCAGAUCGAAACGUUUUCAUCGAGCGCCGAGACAGGCAAACCGCUGCGUGUAUGGCGGCUCAUGCACGAGAUAGUGCGAACCGAAGGCGUGGGGGGGCUGUAUAUUGGCUUGAGUGCACGGGUGGCUAAAGUUGCCCCCGCUUGUGCAGUUAUGAUAUCGACGUACGAAGCGGGCAAACAAUUUUUGAACGUCGAAUAAACUUAUUCGACGUUUUACUCGUUGAUUGGCAAACGCUCACUUAUAAUUGGCUAAUAUUUCAACUUUUAUGUCCAGUUA